GUUCUUUUAAUUUCGUGAAUCGAUUUUGCCUUUUUGUUUCGAUCUUCUGCGUGACUUCUCGUAUUCCUUGCUUGAUUUUUGGGUUUGUUUGUAUUUUGAGGAGUUGUUGGCCUUGGAAAAUCGCUUUUCAAAUUAGGGUUCUUCUCUGUUCGUGUUUAUGCCUUUUUAUUUUUUAAGGAAACUUCAUCCUUCUCUUGAUCAAAUAAGCAAAUAUUAGCAAUUUCUGCUACAUCCCCCACGGGUGGCCUGGGAAUUUUAAGACUGCGACUGUUUUUUUUUUUGGUUAAUUUUUCGGAUAUAUCAUAUGUUUUACAUUGCACAAAUGGUAUUUCAGGUUUGAGUUUGAACUGUGGAAUUUUUCUUGGUGGUUGUGUUUUUCCAGGAAAUAUUGGAUUGUUAAUUUUUUAUAUUCUGGAAUAUUUGGCGCUUUUUGUGGGUAAGAAUGACUGUCAGUCAUGAUCUUCUCUCUCUUGAUUUCAGUUAUAUCUAUCCAUUGGGGGUAUUCCUUAGGUCAAUCAGAUGUAGGAGAGCCCAAAGCUUAUCGUGUGCUUUUCAGGGUUAUGGAAACGUACGAUGUCGAUCCUGAUGUCAUGAGAUGGGGCCUUCAUCUUUUAGAUGUUUGUACCUUUACAAAUGACAGUUCUCGCAAUACUGUUACUGAAUAUAGAUUUGACCCGAGUUAUAGUCAAGUGGCAUAUGUCAAUGAAGGUUAUUGUGAACCGUGUACUGUGAAUUUGGAGAAUGAUGAGGCUAUUGCACACGCUUUUCAAGAAGAGAUAUCUAGAAUUGAUUCUAUAGAGCUUUCUGGGGUAUCUGAUUCUGGGGAAGACCGUCUGCAAGCAUCUGUUCUUGCACAGGAUUGGCUUGGCCCUUCGUCUAGGCAUGACCCUUUUGGACUUGAGGGUGAUCAGAAAACAACUCUUGGCAACGACAUAAAAGUUGGGGAGACGGAUGAUCUGAGAGGCAACGAGGUGGAGAAAAUGGGAAAUCUCUCUUCAUAUCACCACAACACAGUAGAUAAUCCUUUUGCGGAUGAAUGCUCUUCAUAUUCAUUGGAAAUAAUGGACGAGUCUUCACUUGAUGGUGAAGUGGGCAAAAGACUGAAUCAAAUCGUUCCGGUUCCGCAUGUUCCCAAGACCAUUGAGAAGAUACCUUCUGCUGAUGAAGAGAUGUCAGAUCAUCAACGACUCCUUGAAAGAUUGCAGUUGUAUGAGCUGAUCGAGAACAAGAUUCAAGGAGAUGGCAACUGUCAGUUUCGUGCUCUAUCAGAUCAACUAUAUCGGUCUCCUGAGCACCAUGAUGUUGUGAGAGAACAAAUUAUAGCACAGCUAAAGUUUUAUCGAGAAAUAUACGAGGGUUAUGUUCCAAUGGCCUAUGACGAGUAUCUGAAGAAGAUGAGCAAGAAAGGAGAAUGGGGCGAUCAUGUUACACUACAAGCUGCUGCAGAUUGGUUUGGAGUUAAGAUAUUUGUGAUAACUUCAUUCAAGGAUACAUGUUCUAUUGAAAUACUUCCAAAAGUUCAAAAGUCCAAACGAAUUAUUUUCUUGAGUUUUUGGGCUGAGGUGCACUAUAAUUCAAUUUAUCCUGAAGGAGAAAUCCCAACUUCGUACGCGAAGAAGAAGAAGAAAUGGUGGAACUUUUGAGUUUAAAGCUUCUUCCUUACACACGGAGUGGUUAGGGUUAUUAUAGAAAAAUGGUUGAUAUUUUCUGUGUUUUCUUCCUCUUCAAAGGCUGAUGAUUGCUGAUGGAUACCUCACUACUUCAUUUCUUCUGUAAAUAUUUGCACAUUAAUUAUUUAUUAUUACUAUUACUAUUAUUUAUUAUUAUUAUUAUUAUUAUCCAUCAUAUUUUUGUUUGCUUUUUGCCUCACUUUCCGGCUCUAGGGAGAGUCCUGCCCUGUAAAUUUGCUGAGAAUUCAAGAUUAUAUUUUAAACCACCCUAAUUUUGUACAUUGUAUUAUGACCUACUCGAAUAAUACUUCCUUUGUUUUUUUCUUUCCA